AUGGACGUGCAAGAGUUUGAGUACGAGAUCGUCUACCGUCCAGGAAAGGCAUGCAUCGCCGAUUACAUGUCACGACAUCAUGUUGAUCGAGCAGGAUCAAGUCGAGUAUUUGAGAUCGAAGUUGUUGAGAGCGGGUGCUGCCACGCCCUUAAUGAACAAGGAACAGUGACGGUGGAGGACAUUAGGGCUGAAGGAGAAAGAUGCGAAGUCUACCAGAGACUUGUUAAAGCAAUCAAGUCGGGAAUUAGCGACAAUGACGAGGACCUAAAACCUUACAUGGUCCCGGAAAUCAAACACGACUUGAGUGUGGUCAACGGUGUGGUUUGUCGGGGAUCACGUAUUGUCGUCCCUAUCGCUCUACAAAAACGUGUUGUUGAAUUGAGCCACCGCGCACAUCAAGGAAUUAGCAAGGCAAAGCAUUUUCUACGGACAUUCUGCUGGUUCCCUGGGAUGGACAAGGCCGUCGAAAACCAGGUAUUAGGAUGCUUACCGUGCCAAGCCGUCCAACCACCAAAUAACGACCAGCCAAUCAAACCGUCGGAGCUAUCAAUUGGCCCAUGGCAGUAUGUGGAAAUGGACUUCCAAGGCCCUUACCCCAACGGCGAAAAUAUAUUCAUAAUGAUUGAUCGUUACAGUCGAUGGCCGGAGAUGGCCUGGUUCCAAAACGCACCUAAUGCGAACAUCACGAUCGCAGCCAUGGAGAAUAUAUUCACCAACAAAGGUGUUCCAGCGGUAUGCCAGUCGGACAAUGGCUCGCCUUUCCAAUCAAAAGAGAUGGAACAGUUUGCCCAAAGCAGUGGAUACCGCCAUCACCACAUUACUCCGGAAUGGCCCAGAGCAAACGGAACAGUUGAGCGAUUUAAUCGGAGUAUGAAAGAAGCCCUGCAGGCGGCAACCCUGGAAGGGAAACCCCUGAGAGACGCAUCACAAAGAUUCCUGCAGAUGUACCGAUCUACCCCACACAGCGCGACUGGGGCCAGCCCGCAUGCUGCAUUGCAUGGCGGAAGAGAAAUGAGAACAGUACUUCCACUUAUGACACCAACCGACCAUGUCAUAGACCGUAUACGAGACCAACGAUACAAAGCCAAGAUGAGAAACGGACUGCGGCCACAUAAACUUCGGGUAGGUGACAGUGUUAUUGUGAAGCAGACGAAAGUCAACAAGCUGACGCCGACAUUCAACCCUACACCUCUGAGAAUCACCGAGGUUCAAGGCUCGAGAAUAACUGCACGGGAGAUAAACGGCACGUGGACCAUCACGAGGGACGCGUCGUACUUCCGGAAGAUUGCAUCCGAUACGCGGGCAGAAAACGAAGAUGACCAGGACGCAUCAGACGAGAGAGACGGAGAACGAAAACAGGGGGAACCAACAGGAGACGCCGGAUGA